AUGGGCGAGCAAGCUAUGUCACAGUUUGUUUGUCAAAGUCUCGGUUUUGGUAACGGGUUCACUUGGAGUCUCCAGCAUGACAACUUUGCCGAGCUCCCUGGCCUCCGACCCACUCCAAAAGCCCUAAUCCUCUCCAUGGCUCCCAUUCUCCAAAUCUUCACGGAGGUCUCGGGGCUCUUGGGUGGCAACUUCAUCAAGGUGGAAUUAAAGACGCAGCGCAACCACUAA